UGAACACUUUGUCCCUGAAAUAUGAGGGGAAAAGAAUUAUGGUUCAUUAGUCGUAAUCAAAGUAAAAUGUUCAAUUAAUCGUGAUAUUGAUUUAAGGUCAUAUCACCCAGCCCUAAUGGUAGAGAUGUUGAAUUUAAGGGAUGUUUUGAUUGCUUUUAAAGAUGGGUUCAAAAAAAUCUAUGAAAAGUGAGUCAAAACAGUUUGUUUCAAAUCUAGCUAUUAUUUUUCGUCCAUGAAAAAAGAAGAGCGGAACAACUUAUGAUGAGUAAUAUUUUGACAAUCUCAUAUACAUCUGGUUUAUUGUUCCUGGACAUGUGACCUUAAGGGAAACAGCAGUUUUAAUUCACCACUUGUGUCAGUGCAACUUUCAUCCAUCCAUUUUCUGUAGCUGCUUGUCCUAUUCAGGAUCACAGGGGUCCAGAGCAAGUUCCCAUGUAUCAGGUAGUAUUGUUUUCACAUGUGAAAGAAUUCAUGAACAUCUGCAUGUGUUUUUUGUAGGAACUAACCAUCUACAUAGACCUGAACUACCUGCGUACUUCGUAAUUGCUACAGCCCAGUACACAGAAAAUGGUGACGCAGCGCCACAGAAUUGUGACGCAAGAGCGAAAGCGACGAUCUAGAGAAGUCGCAGCCGGGGCGCCGCUACCAUGCUCACCUUCGGCUUGACCAUAAUCCGGCAGUAAGUAACGAGGGAUUGGGGCCAUCUGGGUCCCUGAAGUUCUGCCGGUGCAUGUUAGCCUUUAACCGGAGGAGGGGCGGCGAAGACGAAAAAUAACGCUACCGAAAUACGUGGAGAAACCCAGUACAAUAAGGACAAGCUUCUCCAAGGGCAGGGCGUAGAUGCGCCUCUGUCCGACACGGGCAUGCAGCAGGCGGAGGCUGCGGGCCGCUACCUCAGGCAGCUGAAGUUCACCAAUGUGUUUGUCAGUGAUCUGCAGCGGGCCAGGCAGACGUGGUUCCCAGCAGGAGACCCCAAGCAGCCUCGCUCUCGUUCCUGUCUUUCAGACUGCCGACAUCAUCCUCAGAAACAACUUGCAUAGCUCUGAUGUUGAAAUCGUCUCUGACCCUCUGCUCAAGGAGCGGAGUUUCGGGAUUGCAGAGGGACGGCCAGUGGAGGACCUGAAGAACAUGGCCAGGGCGGCUGGUCUGUCCUGCCCAGAGUUCACCCCCCCUGAGGGAGAGACCCCAGAGCAGGUCAAGCUACGCAUCAAAGCUUUCAUGGAGACUCUGGUCCACCGCAUGGCCGUAGAGCACUGCAGCAACGGGCAGCUGGGUGCGGAGCUGCAGGGCCCCCCCGCCGGCCUCCCCGAUGAUGGCGUCCGGGUUCUGGCCCCCCACGCCCUGGUGGUGAGCCACGGUGCCUACAUGCGCGUGGCAGUGCGCUACCUGGUGGAGGACCUGCACUGCGGCGUGCCGUGCGACGCCAAGCUCUCCCACGUCUUCUCUGCCUGUCCCAAUACCGGCAUGUGCCGCUUCGUCGUCACACUGCCCGCCAGCAAGCCGCACCUGCCUUCCGCCGCCAUCCGCUGCAUCUUUGUCAACAGGAAGGACCACCUGAAGGCCGCCAAGGAGGAAGUGUAACAGCGGCGAGCAAAGACAGGCCGGGCUUUACCCAGAAUCCUCCGGGAGAAAGUGGUGCAUACCUCACUCUAGUGAAGAUCUUAUUUAUUUGAACUCCUGUAUUGUUCUUAUACAGGCAUGUAAUUAUUAAUAACAAACGAAAACCCCAUUUAAAGGGGUGUGCAGUUGCCGUCCGUUAAAUUUUAAGGAAUUUCCAUCCCCACUACAAAGCAAUAUAAACGUGAUUAUUAAUACGUCAUAAUUCUCUUUGCACGUUUAUAAGUUAUUUCAACUGUCUGCAGAUGUUCAAAUAGCGCUUCCCGACGUAAGCUCUAGAUCACCAAAAACUGGAUGGAUGGAUGCAUGGAUAGAUGGAUGAGUGAACGGAUAGAAAAGCAUUUUAAAUGCAGCCUGCAGCAUUAGCUGUGUCGAUGCACUGAGUGUUUUCGUUUUUAAUGCAGUGCUAAUGAGAAUCAGCCAGUGUGGCAUCUCUGUGUUUGUUUUAUUUUCGACAAGAAAAAAAUAUUAACUUAUUUAUGUGGAGGACAAUACUUGCACAUUUUACUGUAAUAAAUGUUCAUUUGUGUUCUUAAAGA